AUGCCUUUCACCUGCAACGCUUCUACCCUCGUCGCUGGUUCGACUUCCUCAAGUUCAUCGCCAUCGCCAUCCUUUGAUUCCUUCAGCUCUGGCAAGACGGUCGCCUGGUGGAAGGAGAGCUCAUUGUCUCCCUCCCCGUCCUCACACUCGGAGGCGUCGGUCCCCCCAUCAAGAUACGGCGGGCUGCAAAGGUCGAUGGCGAUUGGCCGCAAGCGUGGUGCUGAGAUCGCUCGCCGAUGGAGCGAUUCGAAGGGCGUUAUUUAUGUCUAG